AUGCCACCCGAAGGAAGCACGAGGGCUGGGAUACUGUCAGGUUGCCCAAGCCUAGACAGGGGAAGUCGAGUGGCGGAGGUCGGGUUCGAACCACGGACCUUCCGGUCAUUUGGACCACUACGCAAAGCAUCCACAGCAAAGCAACUGGAAAUAAGCGCCUGGUGGCCGAACAUGGAUGCAAACCGCUCAAUGACCAAAGGCACUCAAUAUCAUGUUACGUAUGACAACACAUGGGGUCGAUCAGUGAGCUACAAGGCAUUUGCGCUUGGAUUCCCUUACACGGCAAUAUCUCCUGAUAUUGGGGUAGGUUUCCAAUACACAGAUAUCCGCCGAACAACGACGCUCAAAUUCCACUGCUUGUGGGACAUCAAUCUUCGUUGUCGUGCUGCAUCGAUACAAGAUCCCCCUCAAAUGUUCAUCCGCGGCCACCAAGGUCAUCCAGUCAGCUCAACUCAUGAGAAGAGAACAGGAUUCCGAACAGAUGCCCAAGGCCUCACACGAUUUCAAUUGAAAUAUGAUAAAGCCGCGGCCACCAAGGUCAUCCAGUCAGCUCAACUCAUGAGAAGAGAACAGGAUUCCCGACAGAUGCCCAAAGGUCGGAGGUGGUUGGGCACGGAUUCACGGAUUGAUACACAGGAUCGAGGCUUUUGCCCAAGUUUCCCGGGUCGCUCUUGUUCUUGUCGGUCAGUGGCUGUCGUUCGCCUGAAAGGCACAAGUAAAAAAAGGGUGUAG